CCAACUUAGUGACUUUUUAUAAAUAUUUUUAUUUAUUUCCCACAGAAAAAAGCAAAUGCGACGUCACUUAAUAAUAGUGAUGGCCAUUUUUAACUAAUACUCUCUUAUCUACUAAACAAAUCAAAGCCUAUAAUUGUGAUUGUGGCCAUUUGAAUUUGAUCAGAUCAGCCAUGACACCCACCACCACUAGGCUCAGCUCAGCUAGCCGCAGAGGCUCUAUUAGCCAAGCCAAGUACACACGUGGAUCCACGUCAGCUACUUUCAAAACUAUUGGCUACUCGCAUUCUCUUUCUUUUAGAAGCCGACACGUAGAUGGAGUGGGACCCUAUCGCUUUGUUUCUUCAUGACAAAGCUAAAUGAUAUGGCUCCAUAUGCUUACAUUAGCCACGUAUGGGCAUCUAUGUAUUAUGAAAAUGUAUUUAUUUGUGACUUGCAAAGCUAAGGCUUGAUUUGAACCCCGCCUUGGUAGUGCCCACUGACUCGAAAGCCAAUCCCCGUAAACCCCACAAGGGUGAUAAGACCAAAAUACCCCUCAAUGGCAUUUUUCACGCCAAAGAGUGGGUCCCAGAAUUGCACUCCAAUUUUGGCCAUAAAUAUGAGGCCCUUAGACCGCAUUUCUUCCCUUUCCUCCUCCUUCCUUCCUCCCUUGUCUAUUAAGCAAUUCUGUCAAACAUGUUAUCUGCUACUGCUAUUCCGGCAGGCUUCUUCUCCUCCGCUGAUUCCAUACUUGGAAACCCGUUUCCGUCCUUUGAAAACGGCUAUACACCGCCGUGGGACUGUUCUGACCUCUUUGCCGCCACCGAUCCCCAAUCAACAAAACCCAUAGUUUCGAGCUCUGGUUCUGAUGAUCCAAACGAACCGAACCGGUCUAACCAAAACCCUGCCAACUCUAACUGUAGUUCUGAUGAACAGAAACCAACCACCGUUUCGGUGAUCGAUGAGCGGAAACGGAGGCGGAUGAUAUCGAAUCGGGAGUCAGCCAGGCGGUCACGCAUGCGAAAACAAAGACACUUAGAAAAUCUAAGAAAUCAGGUGAACCAACUGAGGAUUCAAAAUCGAGAACUCUCGAACCGGUUGCGCUUUGUUGUGUACCAUUGUCACAGCGUAAGGAGGGAGAACGACCAGCUCCGGUCCGAACACAGUAUUCUCCGACAAAAACUGUCGAACAUACGCCAAAUUUUGAUGUUCAGACAACUGCAACAAUUCACGUCUGCAUGGCCAUGCAAUAAUAAUCACAACUGAACAAACCCAUCAUCAUUAAUGACUAUAUAAAUCUCUCUCUCUCUCUAUAUUUUUUUGAUAAGCUAAAUCUCUCUCUCUCUCUCUAUAUAUAAUAAAUCAUUCCCUUAAAAUUUUGAACGGGGAACAAAGAAUCUCUUCCCCCCCCUCAUCUGUGUAAAUGGAAAAAGCUCUUCAGGCGAAAACAAAAUGAUGGGGUUUUUGGGAUAUUUUUGGGGAAAAGACCUGUUUUGAUGAAACCAGGGUGGGUUUUGUUGUGGUGUAUAAAAGCUAGUUAGUGUUGGUUUUUUUUUUCUUAUAUGUUGUUUUUUGCUAGUUUUCAGUUAAAGCUAUCCACUUAGAUCCAUAUUUUUCUUUUAUAAA